GCCUUUGCCCAAGGGCCUCCAAAACCUCUCGGCGGUCUUUUACAGAAAGGGGGGAAGGAACCUUGAUGGAAGGAGCCACUGAUCUGUAAUUAAUAAUUUUAGAUCAUUUUUUAGAUCAUUUUAGAUCACAUGGCAGGAGCCACUGCUCAUAAUUUUUAGAUUAGUAAGAGCCGGUAAAUUGAAUUGAAAUUGUGAAUUGUUGUUGUUGGAUUGCCUCGUUAUAGUAGAUUUUGUUGCUAUGAGAAGUGAAAAUCGAGCGUAGUUGCUAAGGACCUACAAGGACAAAGAUGGCGACCAUGCCAUAUUAAAAUCAGGCCUACUGCUAAACAUCGCCCGAAAGUUCAAUUCAAACAUGGACGAAACAAUAAAAAAUCUACUUUCUCAAGCUGCUAGUGGAAAUGGAAAUGAAGAAAAGCUAUUUGAUGCAUACGCAAAGCUAAAAAGAAGUCAGGAGUCCACCGAUCAACCAAAUGCCUUUGGUGCUGAAAUUUUUGUUGUUUGUGCAGAGGCAGCGCUGCAGAAUGAACAGCUCAGCAUCGUAGAGGACUGCCUUAAGAUGUUCUUUCAAAAAGCUGCAUCAGGUAAUGAUCAUCUUGGAAGGGCCUACAUAUGCCAGGCACAUCUAAAUAAACCGGCAUCAGGCAAAUUUCCAGAUCAACUAGAAAAAUGUGCCACGUUUCUAUUAAAGGCAAUAAACUUUGGUAAAUUGAAUAAAAGGCAUCACUACUUGGUUUAUAACGGAUCUGUGCUUUACUGGUCGUUUGCACGGCCAUUUGUUCAGCCAGGUAUUCAAUAUGGAUUGGCAAAAACCUUGCAUCAAAUCGUGAAAGCACUGGAUGACAUUGAUGACAAAGAUUAUGAAUGGCGUUUACAAUUAAUGAUAGCUCUGAUUGAAUGUUAUUUGGACGGAGGCAAGAAAGAAGACGCUUCGCACGUAAGCACUGCAGCUGCAUCGUUUGCUAAAGCAUACUGUCCAAACAUGUACAAGACUAUCUUAGCACUGCAAGUUCAACACAAGUUGAUUGAUCAGUCGAAGCUCCUCAAAGAGUCGAAACUUUCAAAUGACCUUGUAAUCUACAUAAAAAUCCUCAAGCUCAAAUCACAAAUUGAGAGCUCGGAAAAGGUUGACAUCGAUUUAGAAUUAGAUAAGCUUUAUCGGGCAAUCUGCAAUGACGGUGUUGAGACACCUGGCACUGGAAGAUCUACCAGAAUAGGACAGACGUCUUCAAUUGGACCGAUUUCACAAACAGAAAAGCUUCCACUUUUGCUUGACUUGGCAAGGUUGUGUAUAGAAUGCGGGAAAGCACACCAAGCUGAAGACUGCCUUGCUGCAACUAUAGGCAAAGUUAAGGAUGAAAGCGUUAAAGUAGAGAUUGAUUUCCUGAAAACCGAAGUUGCAGCCCUAAAGCUUAAAGAAAUGAAAAAUAUGUACACGAAAAAUAAUGUCGAGAAAAGAAAAACUGAAAUUGACGUUCUUGAGGAUAACAUCUUUUCUGCAAUUCGCCUUAAAAUACCAAGCCUCAUACAACAUGGUUGCAUUACGAUGUGGAACCUUUGUUUGCCUCUAUUGCAAAAAGGUUUACGGAAGGUAGUAAAAGGGCCGUUAAAAGUCGUCUCCGAAGCACUUGAAGACAUUGAUAGCUUGCUGAUCGGAAUGCGAUGUCAAAUUCAUAUUGAAAUAGCUAAAUGCGAGGAGGAGAACGAGCAACUUGAGUAUGCAAUGAGUCAUCUAAAGAAGGCCCUUCUUCUUGACGAAAACGGGCAAUUCAAGAGCAGAAUCGAAGCGUCUUUACAUCGACUUGAAUUAAGAUCAAUGCUAUACCAAACCCCGGAGCGACCAGAGGACAUUGCGGCAUUGAUCAUCGAACAGGCUAGGUCUACAAAGGAGGCUGGCACACUGCAGAUGAAACGUGCUUCUCUAAUAGAGGCUGGCCUUACUCUUGCACCUGAUGCCUUCAAUCUAGUGAUGGAUGGUGAAGCUGGUCUUACUCAGGCCAGAGGAACUCCUUCCAAUCCAAAAUUGCUUGAAGAAAAAGUAGCAAAAUAUUGUAACAGUAUGACAAAAAUUUCCGGUCAUUUGAAAAGAAUAGAGAAUAUGAACGACAGAGAAAGAGUGCAGAUAUGGGCAGAUUUAACGAAGACGGCCAGGAAGCAACAUGUAUGGGAUGUAACAAGAGUUGCAGCAAAGUUCUGUCUUAUGUACGAUGAUGGUAGAUGGGAGAUGACAAAAAGAGAGUCAAGUGCUAAAGAUGAACAUAAACAAGCCCCCAACACAGCUAAUGGCAAUGUUUCGCAUGAAACAACCACCAGCAAGAACAUUUCCCCACCCAUAGAAAAGAUGUCAGACGAAAACAAAGAUGUACUUGGAAUCAUUGCAGAAAUACAUUUCAUUUACUCAGAGGCUUUGGUUCAGCUGCUACAAGUGGAGGGUGUUAAACUACUGGAGAACCCUGUGCCAAUUGAAGACAGCAGCUUCAAGCCAAAAAGCCGAGAAGGGACAGAAAUCAAGGCCGAGGAGACGAAGGAGUGGAAGAUCUACAGUGAGUGGAUCGAAUCAAUCUCAACGGAAGCAGUCCAUGGCUUUCACCGUGGAGCAAAGCUUGGUGCAGACAUGACAGCACCAUGGUUCAUCUGCAAUGCUGGCAUCUAUUUAUGGAAUUAUACCAACCACUUCUUGGCUGCUGGCAACUUUUUAGCGUUGACCAAAGUCUACCAGCCACUUUACGACAGCAUGAAGACCAUUGGCUAUUCAGAGGAUGUUACAUUUUUUUGCACAUUUGCACACGCUCUUGCAAAAGGCUAUAUGCAAAAUCACCUUCCAAACUCAAGGCAAUCAACCCCUGUUCCUGCAACAGAAAAGGAUAAAAAAUGGCGUACUGGAAAACAGAGUGCCUCACCUACUCACUCCAAGAGCAAAGCCUACGCUAUAACCAAUGACCCGGAGGCUUUGAACGAGCUAAAACAAGCUUUAGAGAUCCUGGAGCAUGCCCUUAAUCUAACGAGUGUAGCAGAUAAUCGAUAUAUGGUGCCCAUUUCAACGCGACAUCCAUUGAUAAAGAGCUGGGUGCUUUGUAAGAUGCUGACUGGACAACCGUUGCCAAAGAACCUUGGACAUGAUGACGAGAAUCCUGACAGCCAAGGACCAAUGAGCAAAGCAUUAUGUGCCAUGGAAGCUCUUGUCUUGCAGCAGAAAUAUACCUGUGACAUGAUGAACUGUCCAGGACUGUUUGAAGCAAUAAAGCUUGUUGAGAAUUGCAAAUGGAGUGAUCACCUCGUUGAAAUAGAAAUAUGGACCCGUCUUGCGUUUUUGGCUUCAAAGUCUUCAUUUUGCCAGAUUGUACUUCAAUGUGGAGAGAAAGCGUUGGAACUUGCCAAAACCCGAAAGAGCCUAAAUUACGAGAAACUAAAUGACAUGAUGAAACACAAGUACAAAGUCGAGCAAGAACUGCUCCACUACACGUCAGUUCUGAUGGGUGAAAAUUUAGUGGCCAUUAUGCAUGGCAGAAGCGAGGCUCGACACCAAGCACUAAAUCACUUUUUCGAGGCUUGCAGAUUUGCUACAAAGGCGAGGAACUACCAACUUGCCAUGUCUGCUGCAAAACAUUAUUGGAAUACAGUCCAGUCUUUUAUUUCAACACCCAUUGAGAGGAAACUUCUUAAGGAGCCAAUCAAAGCCCUAUUGAAAUGCAUUGCUGAUGCAUGGAAGCAUUCAGGAUUUAGGGAGAGUCAAGACAAGAAUGAUGACGGAGAGGAUGGUAGAAGAAAAGUACAAAAACCUUCUUUGGUUAAAAGCUCGCCUGGAGCAAAGAAAAAGGAAAAGGCAAAACCCAGUCACAUUUCGAAGAAAAGUGCUGCUAGUGGAUCACAUGUACGGAUUGGCGAAGAGGAUUUCCUUGGUGAAGAAGAAAGAGAAAAGUCAAGUAUGGAUGCUGAUUUGACUUUGCGAGCUUCGUUGUAUGGAGUGCUCUUCCAGGCCUAUUCCGACACGGGUGACUGGAUAAAUGGUCUAAAGGCUAUGGAUGAGGCUGUGAAAGUGAUGCCAAAAACUCAUCAUAGACUGCUGAUAUUCAAGCAUAGAGUGAUAAUGAAUGCUAGGCUCGGAAAUCCUGUGCAGUUUGACAUGGGAAAAUUCAAGGAUAGUGAUGAGUUGUUGAUAUCAUCAAUGUGGCACAGGGUCGCAAGGAACUCAAACCUUCCUAAAGAUCAGUUAAUUGCAUAUAUGAAUGCAAUUGAGUGUUUGCAGAGCCCUGGGAGCGAAUGGCAGAAAGUUGAUUUCCUCUCAGACUUUGCUGAUUGGUUGUUUGUGAAUGAAUUCCCUUUGUCAGACUGCCUUGAUCACCUGGAAGCUGCUAUGGAUAUAGUUGUCGAUGUCAUUAUAUCAAAAAAUUCUCUUGUUUUAGUACCAAGAAGUGCACGAAUAAGUGACAAGAAUAUCAAAAUCUCAAACGAUAAUGACAUAAAGACAAUAAUCAGUGACUGUGUUGACAUGCAAAGCCUAGAAACACUUGCUAGGCUGCACAUAAUGUCGGCACAGAUGCAAGAAGGUUCUACUCCGAAAUCACAAGAGUAUAUCCUGACCGCCGCUUAUUGCAUCCAGAGACUUUGGCAGAACUCAAUAAGAAUCGGAGAAAAGGCGAUGCGAGACGGUGUAAAACCAGGAGAGCGCCCCUUCUCCAAAGCAGAAUCUAGGAAGAAAGAUGCAAACAAAAUUGAUCGUGUGGCAUCAAAGACAUGCAUUCCGUUUUCUCUUGAACAAUGGGCAACUUUCGCUCUGCCAGAAAGACUGAAAGAGUAUUUUAAACAAGACGUUUCUGGCUGUUUCAUUAGUGAAAGAAGUAUUAAAAAGCCGGAGCUGACGUUUUAUUACAUGGAAGCUCUGAAUAAUUCACUGUGCCAGCAUGGGUAUCACCCUCUGUGUCUUCCUGUCUGCGCGUUCAACUGUUUUAUUGCAACGGAGAUACUUGAAGACAAAUUUUUGAUAACUUUGUCAAAGCUUCAGCUCUUAGAUAUUCUCAACGAUCUAGAAAUGGUUUCCGCCAGCUGCAAUUUAUCUAGAUCACUUGGGCCUCAGUAUAUCACAGAAGAAGAUAAAGCAGAAUCAAGAGAAAAAGUUCUUAUUUGGAAAGAGAAAGAGGCCCAAGUGUAUGCAGAAGAAUCGAAGCAUGUAAUGGAAAUUAAAGCCAACAAGCCAAGCACCAAGCAAAAAGAUACCACCCGGUCAAGCGGAAAUAGGAGGUUGAUCGGAGGGCUAACCAGACGAGAGAUCUGGACCCGAAUUGCAGCCUUUCUAAUCAAACAGGGGCAGUAUAAUGAUGCAAGGGAGUUACUGGAAGAGGCAAGAAGAAGCGCAGAAGGUUUUAAAGACGACCACUGUUUGGCCCAGAUUGAAUUCAACAGUGCCGUUUUAGCCUACCAAGAAUGCGACUGGGGCACUGCUAUCUCUCAUUUAGAAAGAAUUCAGAACUUGGAAGGAUCGUUGGAGUUUUGGUGCAAGGUAAUUGCACUGAAGGUUGAUGCCUACUACCGCUCCUUAGCGAUACCGACAACAUUCCAGUGUCAUCCCGAGAUUGCCUCCUCAGACAAGGCAUUAGAGAUUUUGACGUCAUCAAUUCGUCUCCUUGACGACCUCAGCAGGAAGAGUCCCAACAGAUUCUGUCAGAGCGUGUAUGUGAAAGCAGUUUUGCAUGCAAAGCUAGCUGACUAUAUUCUCAAAACGAGUAGCGUCAUUGAUGACAAGAAAAAUCAGGAAAUAUUCCAGUUGUUGGAUGAAAGUCUUGAAAAUUUCACAAGCCUUGGUUGCAAUCGAGAGGUCUUAAGAAUACUUAAGUCGCAGUGUAUCCUAUUGCAAUCAUCGAUUUCGUCAAGUAGUCGUGAAAAGAGAAAAACAGUUUUAAUCCAGUGUUUUGAAAUCGCAAGAAAAGCAAUCGCAAUUGCAAAGAAAAAUGAAUCACGUGUUAAGAAGGCAACUUUUGAGAUUGGCAAUGCCUGCUUACCUGUUGAAAUGGAGCUCGCAGAGACAGUUCUGCAUGCAAUGAAAAUAGCCGUCACCAUUCUUGGUGAAGUGACAAAUGACAUACAGAUGCGGCAAGCAUCACAGUGCAGAAAGGGCAGCAUGAACAAGAUCUUAGAAGACUUUGUGUCCAUGACUCCUGCAUAUACAGAAAGUCAGCGAGACUGGAAUCUGGUUACCGGAUUAAUUGGUGAAGAAGCCCUCUCCUUGUUGACACAGAUCUACAAUUCCAAAGAAAAAAUUCCUAAAUCUCAAGCAAAGGCGGCGUUCUUCAUUGGAAAGUGUCUACAACAAUUGGCUCUACAAAUUUUUCCUGGCCUUGAGGAAUACACUCCGGCGUUGCAGCAAGGAAGCGAGAAGGCUAGUGUGGCCAACAUAGCAAUAACUGAAAAAUUUGAUGACAGUGAAGCAGUAGAUAAUCUAACUGAUUUAGAUGUGCUAUCUUCAAUGGACUCAAGGAAAAGACAGAAGGCUUUGCAAAUUAAGAAAAACUACGCAGAGUAUGCUAUGUUUAUCACUCAAGCUGUUGAGUUCUUAACCCAAGCCUGUCAAAUAGGCCUGAGAAAUGGCUGCAAGGACAUCAUUGCGCAUGCGUCAUACUCAAUAGUACAGUGCAUUGGUAAUCGUGAUCCGGCAACUUCCCUCCAUUAUCUGGCUUUGUACCAGAGUGCCUCUGCAGCAAUCACUCUAAGUGACACAGCCCAAAGAGUGUUGACGGAUCCGCACACAUCUCGUAUAGCUGGCCUAACUCAACAGAGAAAGAGCCUCAAUGACAUGGCGGUGAAUUCCAAUGAUUCUCUUGGUGUUCGUGCAAUCAAUCUAGAACUCCUCCAAACAGAAUCAGAGGCCUGGCGCAGACUGCAUAUCUCUCGCAAUCAUGUUGACAUCACUAAAGAAAUACCCUUUCCAGUAACUUUUGUAAUACUGCAGCAUUCUCCGGAUAAAUCCUUGCUUUAUGCAGGUGUCCUUGAAAAGCCUAGGGUAGGCAUGCCAACAGGGAAGAAGAAGGAUCAGACGGUUGGAGCCAAUCGAUCCCAUAUUUGCAGCACGCCAGUCAGCCAAGAGCUCCUCCUUAGUCUUAUCGCUAUGGCUGAGCAGUUCAAAAACGAUGUAUCCAGUUUUUUGCUACACAAAAAUUAUUUCCAGCAACAGACGCAGAAGCGAAAGGAAAUGCUUGGGUUGGUCGAACGGUCUUCGAACUCAAUCUCAAAGGAAACCUUAUUUCUAAAAGCCGAGCUUGAAAAUGAAGAAAAACAGCUUCAGACGCGAUUCGAUGAGAUGGUGGUGGCAAUGGAGGCAUACUGUGGCACCAUCAUCCCACAACUGCAGGAAUCCUUGACGCAAGAGCCGGCGGUGGAAAGACUAGUCAUACUUGCUGACGCAGACCUCCACAAAUUGCCUUUGGAAGCGUUGCCUGUCUUUGCCAACAGUGACAUUAGGUCGAUAUCGAGAGAUUUUUCUUUGCAAAUAUUUCAUCACAGGAUCACUCAAGGAGAGCUGGCAGAGCAACAAAAUGGCAAUGGUGACAGAAGCAAAGUUGCCAAGAAAGAAAAAGUUGAUACCAAAUCAAAAUCAGACAAGGCGAUGGGAAAUAACAGGAAAGUUAAGGGUAUGAAGGAGUUUGUGUUUGGCAAAGAUGGCAUAUACCUCGACCUCUCUAAUUUGAGAUAUAUUGUGGACCCCUCUUGCGAAUGGCCUUCAGGAGAUAAAGACGCUCCAAGUAGUGUGAUGUUAGAGUUGGUCCAACAAUUGAAAAACAAAGCUGCUAAGUGGACAAGUCUUAACGGUCAUGAUGACAUUCCAAGCGUUACGGAGAUGCAGAAAUUCCUACAAGAAAGCCAGAGUUGGAUAUUUUAUGGCUCCGAGAAUUUGCUAGCCCACAUUCCUCCUCACCUGCUGGCUCCAAUCUCUUUAAAUGACUGUCACUUGAUUCUUUUAAUGGAUAACAUGAGAACCAUCACUAGUGCUCUAAACCAAGGAAAACUAGAUGCCCAGAAGAGUCCGGCAGAUCUUGCUCUUGAAAGGCCUCUGGAUACUGCAAUACUUUUGAGCCUCUGCGGGGCUCCUUGCCUUGUUUUAAACCAAUGGCAAUGCGAGGCUCACAACAACAAGGAGAGAUUACACCAUCUCAUUUUAGGUAUAUGCGAAAAGACAAAUACUGUCGGACAGGCAUUACAGUCCUCCAGAUGUACAUCACCUGGAUCUGCGAAACAAAAAGUUGCACAUGAAGACGAUUCCAUCUCGGAAAAAGCUAAUUCUAGCCAAGGAAAGCGGAAAAUUCUCCAGCACAGAAGCAGUAGACCAGAAAGCCUUAGAAGUAAUAAAGUCUCUUCGGCGGGUAGUCAAGGUAGGGGCGAGAAACUGAGCAAGCUGAAACCAGAUGCAAUAAUUAAUGAGCAAAACGAAGGCAGCGAUGGUAUUGCGACAGGGGACCCUACUCGCCGGCUGUUUACAUUUGAGCUGUAUAAUACCGUUUUGUAUGGUUUGCCAAACUUCACUACCACACUGCAAAGUGGUGGUUCCUGAAAGGGAAUUUUGUACGCCUGCAACUGUCGUUCUCAACGUUUUGCAUAUAACUAUAAUUUGCUUUCAGAUUUAGUUCCUCGAUGAUUCUUGGAAAUUCUCCGAGGGUCAAUGCUGUUUCAUACAGUGAUAUUCUCAUUCUGUGCCAUUCAUGACGUUAUCUUUGCAAAUUAAAGAUUCAGUUCAUCCCAUAAAGGUGUAUGUUGAGUAUCUUUCGUAGAAACUGCUGUAAAUUAAAUAAGGCUUAAUCUGACAGUAGCGAGAUUUACCUGAAAUCAAGGGUUUUCGCCUGAUGUAUUUCUUGAAGAUCUCCUUCGUUUCGUUUGAUGUUUAUCUGCUUUUGAUAGCUGAUUGAGCUGUUGUUAGGAGAGUUUCUACACAAACAAUUUCAGGGAGGUUGUAAAGUAUGACAUGCAGUGGUUUUUACACCUGCUGCCUUCAAGGGAUCGUAAAAACCUUUUAGCGAUGAUUUUAUUAGGUUUAGGCCUUCAGCAGUUGUCAUUACAAUACAAAGGUGCUCGUCUUUCUUCCAUCUUUUAUUUGCAAACGUGGAGAGAUUUUUGGGUUAUAUCUCUUAAUUAUUGAUAUCUCUCAGGUAAUCCUAGAUUAUGAAACGAAAGAUCUGGAACAAAACUAAGAAUUUGGGCCAUUAUUGGUACUUAGUAGGACGUUUGGGAGCACGCGGCAGCUAAAUCGUCAAAGUAGAAAACCUGAUUGAAUCAGAUAAGAAUGUGUUAUAUUGUUGGGGAAAAUGUUCAAACUACUAUUGACAUCCGAUGACACUUCAUCCAUGCAUAUAAGAAAUCAAAUAUGCGGUCUCAGGGGAAUGUGUAAUGAAAGAAAGCAAUUUCAUUUGAAAAGCCUGACUCAUUCGGUCGGGACAUUGUGGCUGCUUUUAAUAAUAAUGAUAUGACAUUAUGGUUUAGAUAACGUUGUACUCGACGGUUCCUAUAAAUGGCCGCAUUGGUUUCCACAGUUUUCGAGAAGGCUUUUUUAAAUUUAAUUUAUUCACAACCUUAGGCGCUAUUGUGCUAGACACCCCCUUGUUCAUACAUUCUGACCUUCAAAAAUUUGUUAAGAGGUGUUUCCUUGACGGUGUCUCAAAAUUACACCUGUCUUUUGCUAUCAUUAAAAGUGUCUAUGCAGAGAAAUUUUACCUCCUGUUUUUUCUAGAGUUAUAUUUUCCCAUCUUUUCCGAUACGUUUGACACCAUAAUUGUCAUAACUUGACCAGCGAAAGUGUGUUUGAUCAGAGUUUUAAAUUAGGUAGCACUUGCGAAAACCAAGGCCAGUUUGUGACGUCAUGGUGUCUGGUCGACAGCAAGGAAACUGCGGUUGUACAUAAUUGGCAUUCGUUUAGUGCGAUCGUAUAAAAGCCGGUUUUGUCUGUUAAUUUUUUACAUAUUUUAGUGUACAUCGGAACAACGAUAGAUGUAGCCACUGGCAGUAUAUAAACAAUCCAUCGACAAACGUGUCUUUUCCGGCCUUUUCCAAACCCAACGAGUCUUAUUUAACGUGUGGAGAACACGGAGACAGAUAGAGAAAGAGACAGUGUGUUAUCUGUAGAAUUCUGGUAUGAACUCAACUAAAAUUACUCAAAACUUAACGUACUUUUAUAUAAAAAUCAAAAUGCUAAUUAAGGGUGUUGGGAUGAGGAAAGGAUGAUGCAAUGUGCUUAAGAAAGAUUUAGGCAUAGAACGGGAGACGUUGAGUCAGCAUGAUUUAUAGGAGUGGAGCUGUAAACAGUGGUGAAGGGAAUGUCCUAUGGUAUGCGAUGCCGUGAACAACGUAGAGGGAUGUCAUGACGAUGGCAUGCCCGAUAAAUUAGUAGUAAGUGAGUGUAAAAUGGCCUAAGAAUGGUCACUUCAAUCUAUUUCGCGGAUGAGUCUGCAAAUGAUAACGAAGAAAUAAUGAUAGGGCCCAGGCCACCACCAUGACAGGGCCCAGGCCACCACCAUGACAGGGCCCAUGGCCGGGUGGCCAAUGACAGGUAGGCGAUUUUACUCUCGGUUACCCAGACCCUCUGCUUUCAAGUUAGGGGUAUGGGACACAGGCUACGUAUACCCUGGCCUGGUGCCAACGAAAUUUCUGAGACAGACAGUGAAUCGGGACGGACUACGGAGUUGUAAAUUUAGGUACGGACGAUCAGGGGCGAAACUUCACUAUUUUCAUUAGGGGGGUAUGAAGCUUAGUUGCCCGACGAAAGGGCGUGGCAUGCUUGAUGAAAGGGCGUGUCCUACAUAAACUUCAUUUUUAGAGCACAUCGCCUCAAGGGCUGAAAUCAUCGGGAAGCCCGAGAGAGGGUCUUUAGACUUAGGCUGUUUGUUUUAAGUCAAAAAAUAUGCCUCUAGUUUUUCUGGUGUUGGCUAUAAACAUUUGUUUCCGAAAAGCAAGCAUUUGUAAGGCCUGUCUUUUCUAUAAAAAAAAGUCUUCUUCACUUUCUAAAUCACCUAGCUAUUAAGAGAGCAAUUCAAAAAAGAGAUUGAAGUAGGGUCUCAAUUUUAUCAAAGUGGAACACCAAAACACAGCUUGGGAAUUUCGGAAUUUAGAAACAGCUACGCAGAUUACAAUGUUUCAACAAAAAAGAGCUUCAGUUGCAUUCUCUGAGUUUCAUUUUCAAUUUUCGGUUGCUCCGGAAGCAAUUUCAAUAUUUUUAGACACCCAAGCACAAAGUACGUAUAUUUAAAUUCACCAUAACAAAAUCCCUCAAGCAAAGAAAAGUUUUUUAUUGGAGGUAUUUUACAGGUAUACCUAUCAUCAAAGCUCAGUUUUCAUGUUUUCGUAAUCAUGGAUAUUGUUCAGAAAUAGAAUAAACUCGAAAGAUUUUUGCAUUUCAUAUCUUAACUACAAUUUCUUGAUAAAUUUUAUAUUAUUUCCCGCUUGAACUGAUUAAAACUUCCUGUUACUUGUUAUGGGUUAUUCAAAUUUUUUAGUUAAAAAACUUUGGCGUUUGUAUGACCAUUUUCUAGCGAAGGGUGCAAUACUUUCGACCCGUAAGUGUAAAACCUUAAGAUUUUGGGGCAUAACUCCUUAUGGAUAUGUAUUGUUGUGAAGGAGCAGCACGCGGUUAAUCCUUCACUCUUUCCUAGACCUCGAAGUUGCAUUAGUCAUUUGUUCACGCCACGUUGUAAUGAAAAGGUGUUCACGUUGGAUCUUGUUUAUUGUAAAUAGUUUUAUUAUGUUCCUGUUGAUGUUAUGAAAUGUUUAAAACCCAAAUGAUGUCUUCUUCAAAUGUCCUGACCUAAAUCUCUAAAACAUGUAUGAUUUCAUGAAUGAAAGUUUCAUACAUUUGGCAAAGAAAAUAUUGAUUGAUUUUUUCAAUAACUUAUUCCGAGAUGGUAUAUCCUCCAUGCUUUGAUUCAUGAUGCUUCUAAAACUGUCAGUGUUCUAUGGGCUCCGAGGCAGGAUGGAACGUUGGGGGGGCUUUUCAAGGGAAAAUUUAGAAAUCACAACAAAAGAUUUUGAAAAAAGCUCACUUGUUUUGCAAAAAGUAGGGGGGAGGGGUAUACACAGUGUUCAUUUCCUUCUCGCAUCAAACACACUUUACUUUCCGUCUAUACUUUUGCUGUCGAUCAAUACUUCAGACUUCAUCUCGAGGCGAAGAUAAACAUGUGCGCAUUGAGCUCCAGACGAAAGCGCUGAUCGGUGGACGGACGAAAGACAGAAAUGUAUAUAUGUUGCUGUUCCUUGCCUCGUUUCUGUUUUGUUUUCCCAACUGGGAGGAGAUUGAAAAAAAGUUGGGGGAAAAGACCAUGAAUUAAAAAACCAACCUAGGGCAAAAAGUAGCAAUAAAAGUGCGACCUAAAGAAAAUUUCCAGAUUUGCCCGACAGAUACGCUGGCAGCCAUAAAUUUGCCCGACAAAAUCUGCUUUUUUGAAGAUUGGGGGGGGGGGGGUGCAGCACCCCCCCCCCCAUACCCCCUCAGUAGUUUCACCCCUGCGGACGAUCAAUAUCAUAUCAUUUUGCGUUGCGUCUUUUGUUUCAGAGUUUCAUGCUAUUGUACCAAAGUGAGACUGAGAUACGAUAUUACCGUAUGUCAAGGUCUGUGACAAAGUACCCAACUCCAAAAAUAGAAUAAGGGGGCAAUUUUCAGUUGGGGUCUAUAUCCUAUCUUUUUUAGCGUAUCAAACUGUCUCUUAUUACCAAGUUUCUUUCAUGCUAUUCUAUCAAAGUGAGACUGAGAUUAGAUAAUACCGGCAAUAAAGGUCUAGGGCAAAGAGCCCCAGUCUAAAAAUAGAAAAGGGAGCAAAUUUCAGAUGGGGCCUAUAUCCUAUCGUUUUUAGUGUAUCAGACUGUCACUUGUUACAAAGUUUCAUGCUAUUGUACUUACAGCAGAGAUAUCGUAACAUCACCGCUAGAGUCUUAGGGCAAAAUAAUGCAAUUGCAAAAUGUGCAUACUUUGACAUUCAAUAUAAAAGAACCAUUUAACUUAUCGGAAUUCUGUCUUUGUUUAAUAACAAGGGCGAAGAAUUCUAUAGAUUCAUUCUAAAUAUUGAAAUGGUAAAUUUCGCUGCAUAGGUUGAAACUCCUUUCCCACAGUAACUAUAGAAUUCCAAAACUCCGUUA